UUGCACUUGGCAGCGACCUCCAAGGCCCAAAGCCCAUAUAUACCUAACAGGCCAGCCAAACCCAGCCCACGAAGCCGUGAGCCGUCGCGCCGAUAUAUCUUGGUGGACUUGUGCCCAAGCCGCGAGUUUGCCCUAGCCGCCGCCACUCGCCGUCGUCGACAUCGUCUCCGCUCCUGAGCUCCAGAUCCAGAGGCCUCUCCCGCCUCCAGGCUCGCCGGCCGCCCGCCCGCCUUCGCUGCCGAUGGCGGAGGAAGCCACUCAGGGGAAGAAGGAGGAGGAGGAAUUCAGUACGGGGCCGCUGUCCGUGCUGAUGAUGAGCGUGAAGAACAACACCCAGGUGCUUAUCAAUUGCCGGAACAACAAGAAGUUGCUUGGUCGUGUGAGGGCAUUUGAUCGCCAUUGCAACAUGGUUCUUGAGAAUGUUAGGGAGAUGUGGACUGAGGUACCAAAGACUGGUAAAGGCAAGAAGAAGGCUCUUCCAGUGAACAAGGACAGGUUCAUUAGCAAGAUGUUCCUACGUGGGGAUUCGGUCAUCAUUGUGCUCAGGAACCCGAAAUGAGUUAUAUGGUCUUGUAUCCAGGAUUGUCUCUUUGCUACGUCGCUCUUAGUAAUGUCCAAACGCCUUUGGCUAAGAUUGACCAGAAUCAGCUAUAUUUGAUGGUUCAGUGUUGUAGUUGGAGUUGUUAUGGAUUAUGAACGUCUCUUGUAUCUAAGUUGCAUCGUUAGCAUCUGUUUGAAUCAUCAAUAUAUUAGCUGAAGACAAUUUGGAACUGCACUGCUUCUGUUUCGUGUUGAUUUCUCACUUUCUGAA